CCCGCGACCCCGCGCCGCCGGCCCAGAGCAGCGACCCGCACGGCCGGAAGCCCCGGCCGGCGCCGCAUACUCCGCACCCGCCUGCAGCCAGAAAAACCAGCUUUCUUCUGUGGAGGGUACACAGCCAUAUUCUUGAUUUCCUGGAUCUGGUAACAUGGCAAAAGCUGCCGGUCUAAUUGAAGCCAAUGGAGAACUCAAGGUCUUCACAGACCAGAACCUGAAUCCCGGGAAAGGUGUGGUGUCCCUGGUGGCCAUCCACCCAUCCACAGUGAACGUGCUCGGGAAGCAACUCCUGCCCAAAACCUAUGGACAGUCCAAUGUCAACAUCACACAACAAGUGGUGAUUGGCACGCCCCAGUGGCCAGCAGCAGCCAGCACGAUCGUGGUUGGGAGCCCACAUACCCAGAGCACACACUUUGUGUCCCAGAGCCAGCCCUCCGAGUCCUCACCGUGGUCUGCUGGAAAGCGGAACAGGAAGGACGAGAAGCGCGGCAAGGGCCUGCGGCACAUCUCCAUGAAGGUGUGCGAGAAGGUGCAGCGCAAAGGCACCACCUCCUAUAACGAGGUGGCUGACGAGCUGGUGGCAGAGUUCAGUGUUGCCGACAACCACCUCCUGCCCGAGUCUGCUUACGAUCAGAACAUACGGCGGCGAGUGUACGAUGCCUUAAAUGUGCUGAUGGCCAUGAACAUCAUCUCCAAGGAGAAGAAAGAGAUCAAGUGGAUUGGCCUGCCCACGAACUCAGCUCAGGAAUGCCAGAGCCUCGAGGUGGAGGAGAGGCAGCGGCGGCUGGAGCGGAUCAAGCAGAAGCAGGCCCAACUCCAGGAGCUCAUCCUGCAGCAAAUCGCCUUCAAGAACUUGGUGCAGAGGAACCGGCAGGUGGAACAGCAGGCCCGUCGGCCACCACCACCCAACUCGGUGAUCCACUUGCCCUUCAUCAUUGUCAACACCAGCAGGAAGACUGUCAUUGACUGCAGCAUCUCCGAUGACAAAUUCGAGUACCUGUUCAACUUCGACAACACUUUUGCGAUCCACGAUGACAUUGAGGUGCUGAAGCAGAUGGGCAUGGCCUGUGGCUUAGAGUCUGGCAGCUGCUCUGCCGAGGACCUCAAGGUGGCACAGAGCCUGGUGCCCAAAGCUCUGGAGCCCUAUGUGACAGAAAUGGCUCAGGGGUCCAUUGGCAGCGUGUUCCUCACAACUGCAGGCUCUGCAUCCAACAGCACAAGGUUAUCUGCCAGCGACCAGAGCAACGGCGUGGAGGGGACUCUGGCCACCAGUUCCAACGGCUCCCAGUACAGCGGCUCGCAGGUGGAGACGCCCGUGUUCUGUGUGGGCGAGGAUGAGGAUGAGGAGGACGACUUCAGCGAGAACGAGGAGGACGACUGACACCCCGUCCAGCAUCGGGGAUGAGCGUUUAGCAAAGAGAAACUG